GAGCCCCGGAGACGUGGGGGUCGCGCUCGCCUCCAGCGCAGGCCGUUCCCGCGGCGCUGGCAGCAGGCACCCCGGUGGAGCCCGUCCUCAUUUACCAGCCUCCUGGGGCCCUUGCCGGGGCGGGUGGGAGCCCCUCCCCUAAGUCGGGGGCCCGAGGCCGACCUGCCGGGCCUGGCCCGGAGGAGGGAGCGCGGGGCUGCCAGCACUGGUGAGCACUUUUCCGAACUUUCCUGGAGCCCCCGCCUCCGGUGUCCGACUCGGUGCCGGCGCCGGACCACACUGGCGGACGCCUCUGGGUGCCUUCGGGGCGCGGAGAAGCGGGCCCGCAAGGAGCUAAAAAGUUCAGGGUGAGCAGGACAGGUACCGCGGUGUCCCCAGCGCCAGUCACCCAGCAGGGUCGGAAUGAUUUCGUGAACGAAAAGCCGUUACAGACGCUGAGAGAAGGGAAAUGUAGUGCUAACCCGGAGUGUGCGCUUGCACGCCUGGGCGCUGCAGCGUGUCCCUGGACCAGGUACGACAAAGGCAGCGCACAACACGCUCACACCCGGAGACACGGCGCUGUUUCACAGCGAACUCUGCUUCAGACGUAGAAGCAGUGCACUCUCAACGAAGAAAAGUGUAGCUAGUGAAUACGUAAACCGUAACAAAGAUGCUCGCGUGCAUCGCGCACUCGUUCGGGCCAUGUUUCCGGUGCCCGGCAGCGGGCAAGUAAGCCAGCUGUAAUCGUUUUGCUGGUGGAAGGUCUUACCUUCAGUUUGUUAAAAGAAAGAAAAAGAGAGAGAGAAAGAAAGAAAGGCAAAGCCCGCAAUAAAGCAAAGCGCAAUAACGGAGGUAAACGUGUGGCGAUAAAGUGGGGCGGGCGCGCGGUGAGGACUGACCAGGGAGGAUGAAGACGGGGCAAGUUCCUUGGGGCCCGGAGCAGCCCUCCACCAUCAUGGGGCUGGAGGCCCACAGGCUUCCAGGGGCCGAGGAGGCCCCAGUGAGGGUGGCCCUGCGAGUCCGCCCACUGCUGCCCAAGGAGCUGCUGCAUGGGCACCAGAGCUGCCUGCGGGUGGAGCCGGCGUGCAACCGGGUCACCCUGGGCCGGGACCGCCACUUCGGCUUCCACGUGGUGCUGGACGAGGACGCCGGGCAGGAGGCCGUGUACCAGGCCUGCGUGCAGCCCCUGCUGGAGGCUUUCUUCGAGGGCUUCAAUGCCACGGUCUUCGCCUAUGGCCAGACGGGCUCCGGGAAGACAUACACCAUGGGGGAGGCCAGUGUGGCCUCCCUCCACGAGGAUGAGCAGGGCAUCAUCCCACGGGUCAUGGCCGAGGCCUUCAAGCUCAUCGAUGAGAACGACCUGCUGGACUGUCUCGUGCAUGUGUCUUACCUGGAAGUGUACAAGGAGGAGUUCCGAGACCUGCUGGAGGUGGGCACGGCCAGCCGCGACAUCCAGCUUCGGGAAGACGAUCGAGGGAACGUAGUGCUGUGUGGGGUGAAGGAGGUGGACGUGGAGGGCCUGGACGAGGUGCUGAGCCUCCUGGAGAUGGGCAACGCUGCGCGGCACACGGGGGCCACGCACCUCAACCGCCUGUCCAGCCGCUCACACACGGUCUUUACCGUGACCUUGGAGCAGCGGGGGCGCGCCCCCAGCCGCCUGCCGCGCCCAGCCGCAGGCCAGCUGCUGGUCUCCAAGUUCCACUUUGUGGACCUGGCCGGCUCCGAGAGGGUGCUCAAGACGGGGAGCACAGGCGAGCGCCUCAAAGAGAGCAUCCAGAUCAACAGCAGCCUCCUGGCCCUGGGCAACGUCAUCAGUGCCCUGGGUGACCCCCAGCGCCGUGGCAGCCACAUCCCCUACCGGGACUCCAAGAUCACCCGGAUCCUCAAAGACUCGCUGGGUGGGAACGCCAAGACUGUGAUGAUCGCCUGUGUCAGCCCCUCCUCCUCCGACUUUGAUGAGACCCUCAACACCCUCAACUACGCCAGCCGCGCUCAGAACAUCUGCAACCGCCCCACCGUCAAUUGGCGGCCCGACGCCGAGCGGGCGCCUGAAGAGGCAGCUGGGGUGCGAGGUCCCCCGCGGCACCGCUCAGAGACGCGCAUCAUCCACCGUGGCCGUCGCGGCCUGGGCCCCACUGCUGCCCCUGCCGUGGCCGCCGCCCGCCUGGGUGCCGAGUGCGCGCGCUACCGGGCCCGCACUGACGCCGCCUACAGCCUCCUGCGCGAAUUGCAGGCCGAACCCGGGCUGCCCGGCACUGCCGCGCGCAAGGUGCGGGACUGGCUAUGUGAGGUCGAGGGCGAGCGCAGCGUCCUGAGCUCUGCCUCUGGGCCGGACAGCGGCAUUGAGAGCGCCUCCACUGUGGACGAGCAGGCCACGCAGGGGCCGGGCAGCAGAAAGGUGGCCAAGGACCAGGAAGGCGAGGGGGCGCUGCAGGCCCUGCAGAGCCAGGUGGCCCGGCUGGAGGAGGAGAACCGAGACUUUCUGGCUGCCCUGGAGGACGCCAUGGAGCAGUACAAGCUGCAGAGCGACCGUCUGCGUGAGCAGCAGGAGGAGAUGGCAGAGCUGCGGCUGCGGCUGGAGCUGGUGCGGCCGGGCUGGGGGGCCUCGGGGCUCCUGCAGGGCCUGCCUCCUGGGUCCUUUGGGCCCCGGCCUCACACGGCGCCCCUGGUGGGUGCCCACAGCCAUGUGCUGGGCUUGGUGCCCCUUGCGUGCCUUCCUGGAGACAAAGUCGGCCCUGAGAACUGGGGAGAGCAGGUGACAAAUGGCACAGAGAUGGGAGCCAAGCUCCUGGCGGAGGUAGACAGGCUGGGAAGUGGCUCCUCAGCUUCAUCGGAGGAGGAGGAGGCGCCGGGGGGAGAGCAGCCGCCGCCCCGACAGACCCUGCACCUGCGCAGAAACGGGAUCAGCAAGUGGAACCAGAGGGCAGACGCAGGCCCAGGGAGUCCGCUGAGCAGGAAGGGCCCGAGGCUUCGUCUUGAGGAGCUGGGUGCAGCCACCCUGGAGCCCAGAGGGGCUCCUGGGAGCAAGGCCCAGGCCCGGCCCCGCCAGGACCCCACAGCCACGGCCUCCGAGUGGCGGCUGGCCCAAGCCCAGCAGAAGAUCCGGGAAUUGGCCAUCAACAUCCGCAUGAAGGAGGAGCUCAUCGGCGAGCUGGUCCGCACAGGGAAGGCAGCCCAGGCCCUGAACCGCCAGCACAGCCGGCGCAUCCGCGAGCUGGAGCAGGAGGCGGAGCGAGUGCGGGCGGAGCUGAGCGAAGGCCAGCGGCAGCUGCGGGAGCUGGAGGGCAGGGAGCCGCAGGACGCUGGCGAGCGGUCCCAGCUCCAGGAGUUCCGCAGGAGGGUCGCUGCCGCCCAGAGCCAGGUGCAGGUGCUGAAGGAGAAGAAGCAGGUGACGGAGCGGCUGGCGUCGCUGUCGGCCCAGAGCGAGAGGCGGCUGCAGGAGCUCGAGAGGAACGUGCGGCUCAUGCGGCAGCAGCAGGCCCAGCUGCAGCGGCGGCUUCGCGAGGAGACAGAGCAGAAGCGGCGCCUGGAGACGGAGAUGAGCAAGCGGCAGCACCGGGUCAAGGAGCUGGAGCUGAAGCACGAGCAGCAGCAGAAGAUCCUGCGGAUCAAGACGGAGGAGAUCGCGGCGUUCCAGAGGAAGCGGCGCAGCGGCAGCAGCGGCUCUGUGGUCAGCCUGGAGCAGCAGCAGAAGAUUGAGGAGCAGAAGAAGUGGCUGGACCAGGAGAUCGAGAAGGUCCUGCAGCAGCGGCGGGCGCUGGAGGAGCUGGGCGAGGAGCUCCGCAAGCGGGAGGCCAUCCUGGCCAAGAAGGAGGCCCUGGUGCAGGAGAAGACGGGGCUGGAGAGCAAGCGCUUGCGGUCCAGCCAGGCCCUGACGGAGGACAUCGUGCGUGUGUCCAGCCGGCUGGAGCACCUGGAGAGGGAACUGUCCGAGAAGAGCGGGCAGCUGCGGCAGGGCAGCGCCCAGAGCCAGCAGCAGAUCCGCGGGGAGAUCGACGCCCUGCGCCAGGAGAAGGACUCGCUGCUGAAGCAGCGUCUGGAGAUCGACGGCAAGCUGAGGCAGGGCAGCCUGCUGUCGCCCCAGGAGGAGCGGACGCUGUUCCAGCUGGACGAGGCCAUCGAGGCCCUGGACGCCGCCAUCGAGUACAAGAACGAGGCCAUCACGUGCCGUCAGCGGGUGCUGCGGGCCUCGGCCUCCCUGCUGUCCCAGUGCGAGAUGGACCUCAUGGCCAAGCUCAGCUACCUCUCGUCCUCGGAGACCAGGGCCCUCCUCUGCAAGUACUUUGACAAGGUGGUGACACUGCGGGAGGAGCAGCACCAGCAGCAGGUGGCCUUCUCCGAGCUGGAGAUGCAGCUGGAGGAGCAGCAGAGACUGGUGUACUGGCUGGAGGCGGCCCUAGAGCGGCAGCGCCUGGAGACGGACCGCCAGCUGACCCGGCAGCAGAAGGAGCACGAGCAGAGCCUGCAGCUGCUCCUACAGCAGAGCCGAGACCACCUUGGCGAAGGUCUGGCCGACAGCAGGAGGCAGUAUGAGGCUAGGAUCCAGGCUCUGGAGAGGGAGCUGGGCCGCCACAUGUGGAUGAACCAGGAGCUGAAGCAGAAGCUGAGCGGUACGGGAGCAGCGGUACCGAGCAGGGGUGAGCCUCGCUGCCCGCCGCCGGAAGCUGGGCCCUGCCUUGCAGAUGUCAGCUAUCACGCCUUGGUUUGGGGAGGUGGGGAAAAGAGGCCCCUGUGCCCUGGAAAUGAGGACGAGCUGCGCGCAGCACCUGAGCCUGUUGGGCAGCUGCCCCUUGCAGAGGGCGCCCCCUGUGCCCGGGAGGAGGGGCGGGGCCUGGUCCACGCCCCGCUCCCACUGACCUGGAAGCGCUCCAGCCUGGGCAGUGAGGAGCAGGGGUCCCCGGAGGAGCCGCGGCAGCGGGAGGCUUCAGAGCCCCUUGUCGGGCAGGCGCUGCCUGUGGGGGUGGGGGCCCUGCCCUGGCAGGCGGGGCCCUUGGCCAGACCCCGGCGGGAGCUGCGCAGGGCCAGCCCGGGGAUGAUCGACGUCAGGAGGAGCCCCCUGUAGGCCCGGGGCAGAGCCGGCCUUGGACUGGGGUCCAGCCCUCCGAAAGGUACAGUGCGUGCCUGUGUCUGCCAAGGAGUCCUCACCUCACUCUAAAUCCGAGUCAGCCCAAGUGAACUGGGCUCAGGUGUUACGACUUUUUUAAAAAGCAUCACUCCCCCACUGUCCCCUUCCUGUGAGCUGCGGUAGGACGGCCGCCUUUGGCUCUGAGCGGUUCCAGCAGGUCGCUUCCGGUCUGCAGGCUGUGCGCUCACUGGCAGGGCAGCUGGGAGCUGGUCCCGGAGCGGCCUGGGGCUUAAGUGGGCACAGUGUGGGGGGUCGGAGAGCAGCAGGUGUUUGGAGUUUUGUACAAACAUUUUGUAAUAAAUGAGAACAGCCUCUGGA